AUGGCAAUGGAAGCAGCGGCUGCCGGCGCCGGCGGGCUGGAGGUGGUGGUGUUCCCGUGGCUGGCGUUCGGCCACAUGAUCCCGUUCCUGGAGCUCUCCAAGCGCCUCGCGGCCAGGGGCCACACCGUGUCCUUCGUGUCCACGCCGCGGAAUCUCGCCAGGCCUCCGGUUCGUCCGCCCGCCUCCGGUUCCACGUCUGACCUGUCGCCCGACAAGGUCGGGCUCCUCAAGAAGGCCAUGGACGGCCUCGCCGGCCCACUCGCGGCGUUCCUCGCCGCCGCUCAAGGUGGCAUCCGCCACGUUCCUGACUUCCCAGCCUCCCAGGCCGCCUUGUCGGUCUUCCUGGGGCCGCGGUGGGCAAACGCCGCACACCCGCGCAUGGAGCCGGAGCACUUCGCCGAGACACCCAGGUGGAUUCCCUUCCCGUCCACCACCUUCUUCCUCCGCCACGAGGCCCAGUGGGUCACCGACGCCUUCCGUACCAACGCAUCCGGCGUGUCCGACAUGGACCGCUGGUGGCAGGUCUUGGAGCGCAGCCGCCUCACCAUACACCGGAGCUUUUUUUUAGAACGGAUCAUACACCGGAGCUGCGAGGAAUUGGAGCCCCGGAUGUUCGGCCUCCUAUCCGAUCUCUUCCGGAAGCCCGCCGUCCCCGCCGGGAUCCUUCUACCGGGGGCACCCGGCGACCUUGAAGAAGACCACCGGCAGAGCAGCUCAGGCAGCAUCGUCCGUCCGCAGGUCCUGCGAUGGCUGGACGACCAGCUUCCCAACUCCGUCAUCUUCGUUGCGCUGGGAAGCGAGGCGCCGUUGACGCCAGAGAACGCCCAUGAACUCGCGCUCGGCCUAGAGCUCGCCGGCGUGCACUUCCUCUGGGCGCUACGCAAGCCGGCGGGCACCAGCAACGACGACGAGCUUCUGUUGCCAGCCGGGUUCGAGGAGCGUACGCGGCACCGCGGGGUGGUUUGCACGGGGUGGGUGCCGCAGGUGGAGGCGCUGGCGCACUGCGCCACGGGCACGUUCUUGACGCACUGUGGCUGGGGCUCCACCAUCGAGAGCCUCUCCUCCGGGAUCCCGCUGGUGAUGCUGCCGUUCGUCGUCGACCAGCCCUUGAUCGCGCGGGCGAUGGUAGAGAGAGGGAUCGGCGUGGAGGUGGCGAGGGACGAGAACGACGGUUCGUUUGACCGGGACGGUGUCGCGGUGGCGGUGCGGCGAGUCAUGGUGGAGGAGCACGGGAAGGUGUUGGCGACCAACGCCAAGAAGCUGCAGGGGGUUCUGGUCGACCAGGGACGCCAGGAGCACUACAUCGACGAGGUCGAGGCCUGA